UCCACACCCUCGACCACCAAGGCUGAGGAGGGUGGGUCGACCUUAACCGUCAACCCGGAAAAAAAUGCUCUUUCAGCGUCCAACUCAUGAGGGAAUUAGCAAAGAAGUGUCAUAUUACUUCACGUGGGAGAAUGAAACCUAUCCCAAUUCACGCCCCCAUAGACAUCAUCUUCUAAAUUAAAAAUAGAAAGAGAUCUCCAGAAGACUCGAAGAUCAUCAUUGAGAAGAAGAAUGACCUCUUAAUUGUAUCAAUUUUUCUUUCUUGCUGUCAACGAAAGUUGAAUGGCAUUGCAUGUACUAUUGUGGUAUAAACUUUUCUUUAACGAUAUAUGACGUGGGAAAAUCAAAUGUAAAUCUUUAAUUAAACAUAUAUAUUGUUUUUGAGAAAGGAAAAAAAAAAUUAAUUGUAGACUUAUAUAAAUAAUAUAGAGAGAGAAAUAAGAAAAAAAGAGAAGGUGUUAAAAAUAAAAUAAUGAUGAAAGAAGAGUGGAAGGCGGAACGGACGUUACAACGUUGUCCACAAAGAAAAAAGAUAAAAACAAACAUUUCCUAAACAGAAGCCCAACUCCUUAGCCACGAGAAAAAUGCUCUUAAUCCUUUUCCUAAUUUAAUUCCCUCUUCUUUUCCCCCUUUUUUAUUAUUUUCUAUUAUUAUUUUAAUUUAAUUCUUACACACCACGAUACGACAACACAACCCUUCCACUAAUUUCCUCUCUUUCAACCACCGCUCUUCCGCCCAAUGGCGACGGCAACUGCGACAGUGAAAUUACCCACUGAGAAGCUCAUGGGUUGCUUGACAUGCCCUCUUUGCCAUAACUUGUUUACUAAUGCUACCACCAUAUCUGAAUGCCUCCACACAUUUUGCAGGGAUUGUAUAUAUGAGAAGAUAGCUGAAGAGGAAUUAGAGGGUUGUCCUGUCUGCAACACAAAUUUAGGGGGUGUGCCAUUGGAGAAACUCAGGGCAGACCACACAAUGGAUGAUUUAAGGGAAAAGAUAUUUUCUUGUAAAUGGAGGAAGGAGAAGGAACCUGAGGAAACACAGUUGUCGUCCUCAUCCUCAGUUUCAUUGCCUACCAAAAGAAAAGAGGGACCUGUCUCUAUUUUAGAGAUUGACAAUACGUACACAACUUCUGACUCUGGAACAUCGAAAAAGUUGUCGGCAUCUACAGCACAAGAGAGCUUAACCGAGCAACAAUACCUUUCCACCAUGAUUGAUCACACAAAACUCAACUUUGAUCAAAAUAAGCAGAACAAUGGCCAAGUAAUGGAAAGAAUAAUUGAUGAUUUGAAUAAAAAGGAAGCAAGUGUAACAUGCUCAAAUGAUUGUAAGAUACAAGAUACUCUCCCUAAGGCAGAAACAAUCCAGAUUGAUGAUAGCUAUUGUAAUGUUCAAGAACGUGGUUACAAGCCAAUUAUGGAAAGAGGUGAAAGAGAAUCUCAUGGAACUUCAGGUUCAAUUGAACAUGGUAAAUUACAAGAUCCUUUAGGUGACAUUGAUGCAGAUAGGCAAUGCAACAAGUCAUCAAGUCCUAUAUGGUUUCAACUAGUUGCUUCUGAUCACCAGGAAGGAAAUGAGCCUUUGCCUCAGAUUUCCUCAAACUACUUGAGGGUCAGCGAUGGCAGUAUACCUGUGUCAUUUAUCCAGAAAUAUCUUGCAAAGAAACUAGGUCUUGCUAGUGAGAUUGAGGUGGAAAUCUCAUUCAAGGGUCAACCAGUGAGCUCCACAUUGCAUCUACAUGACAUUGUAGAACUGUGGCGACAUACAACCACUAAAGUAGAACUAAUACAAAUAUCUGUGGGCAGCUCGGCCAAGGAUUUUGUGAUGGUUCUAUCUUAUGGUCGGAAGUGUUAUCACCCUGGAAAAUUCACAAAUAUUUGUGCUCACUUAAACAAUGGUGUUCAAUAAGAGAUCAAAUAAACAUAUUUUAUGCA